AGAGAAAGGAGGUAUAGAGCGAUAGAGGGACGUGGUGGAGAUGUAACAAACAACGGAAAUAACUAUUUAAACGUUUUAUGUUUAUCUAUCGUGUAUUUAAGUUUUCUCCACUUUCUUUACUGUACUUAACUUAUUUCACGGCCGUUUUUGUCGAUUUACGUUCCGAGUCGUGUAUCCUUGGCAACGCGAACUACUGUCCCGAGAAGUUUGGAUCAAGUGUUACACCUUCAACCGGAAAAUAAACUGGAUCUUUACCCGCCGAACUAACAGAACUGACUCCGGUGUGCAUAUGGAAGCAUUUCAAACAGUUUGGAUUCAAAUUCAACGUAUUUCAUUUUAAACCCAGUGUUUUGGGAAACAGGACAGCGCGAGACAAUAGUGGCGAGGGAGGGAGCUCGUGCAGGGGGGAAUCGAUGCCUCGCGGGGGCUUUGUUCUACCGCGAGCCUUCUGCUGAGACCGACUGAUGGCCGCUGGAUUUAUGAAUAUUUACUGAUUAAUUAACGGAGUGAAAAGCCUUUGGAACAACAUGGACGUGACUCUGUCCGAGUUACUGUCCACUUUCAUGGAGUCUCCGCUGGUGGUGUGGGUGCGGACGCUGGGCCCUCUGGGUUCCUGUGAAGCCGCGGGCUCAGAGGAGCAGGUGAACAUGUUCAUGGAGCUGGUGGACGGCGUCUUCCUGCACAAGAUCAUGACACACAUUGACCCCAGCCCCACCAAUCAGAGACUGACCAAGAAUGUGAACAAUGACGUGUCACUUCGCCUCUACAACCUGACCGUUCUCACCAGACACAUCAAGACGUACUACCAGGUAUGCUAA